ACUGCGCUUCGCGUGGCCUGUUUAUUCCUCCGUGUGUUUUUGUUUGUUUGUUUGUUUGUCUUGUUUUUGUCGGUGGUGGUGGUACACGACAGGCCGCAAAAUCCGUCCCAUUCAGCCGCACCCAUAAAUAAAGAUAGGAUGUCGAUAUACUGGGUAUCGCCAUACCCAUGGAUGUUGCGGUGGCGGUCUGGUUAUAUAACUGCAGGCGAAAUGACACCACACACACACACACACACACACACACUUUUAAAAGGACUCGGUUUCAUUCACUUUAUUGAUCCCGCUCCUGUUUAUUCUCUCUAAUUUAAUAGCAGAAGCUUUUUCUCUUUUUUUUUUGGAUGGAAAUGGUGAACAAUAGCACAGGAAGACUUUACCACAGGAAUGACUGCAGCCAAGGCCGGCUGAGUCACUCAGCGCCAGAGCACCCGAAGGGUCGCGUACGCAGGGGGAGCGAGACGCGGGGAGGGACGCGGUGAACAAGUGAGCGGACGCCGAAGCGUAGAGGACCGACCGAGAGAGAGAGAGAAAGGAAGCACGGUGGCAGGGGUGGGACGAGCGACCCUGAGAGAAGAGGACGAGCACUGGGCUCCCCCCUGACCCCUAAACCCACCGAGCUCGAGGUCAUCAUGAACGACCAGAACGUGGUGAAGGAGGGAUGGCUGCAGAAGAGAGGAGAAUAUAUAAAGAACUGGAGACCAAGAUACUUCCUCCUGAAGACAGAUGGCUCCUUCAUCGGCUACAAGGAGAAGCCCCAGGAUGCAGACUUUGCCUACCCACUCAAUAAUUUCUCUGUGGCCAAGUGUCAGCUGAUGAAGACGGAGAGGCCGAAGCCCAACACCUUCAUCAUCAGAUGCUUGCAGUGGACCACUGUGAUCGAGCGAACGUUUCACGUGGACACACCUGAGGAGAGGGACGAAUGGGUGGAAGCCAUACAGAUGGUGGCAGAUAAGCUGGCCAAGCAGGAAGAGGAAGGAAUCCUGUGCAGCCCCACCACUCAGAUCGAGAUAGUCAACGAGGAGGAAAUGGACACCUCCAUCAGCCACCACAAACGAAAGACAAUGAACGACUUUGACUAUCUGAAGCUGUUAGGCAAAGGCACAUUCGGGAAGGUGAUCCUGGUGAAAGAGAAGGCCAGUGGAACUUAUUAUGCAAUGAAGAUCUUGAAGAAGGAGGUCAUAAUUGCCAAGGAUGAAGUGGCCCACACUCUGACUGAAAGCAGGGUAUUAAAAAACACUAGGCAUCCCUUUUUAACCUCCCUGAAGUACUCGUUUCAGACCAAGGAUCGCCUGUGCUUCGUGAUGGAGUACGUCAAUGGCGGAGAGCUGUUUUUUCAUUUGUCGAGAGAACGAGUGUUUUCGGAGGACCGGACUCGCUUCUAUGGCGCUGAGAUCGUCUCUGCACUGGAUUAUUUGCACUCUGCUAAAAUUGUUUACCGCGAUCUGAAGCUGGAGAACCUGAUGCUGGAUAAAGAUGGCCACAUUAAGAUUACAGAUUUCGGCUUGUGUAAAGAGGGCAUCACCGACGCCGCCACCAUGAAGACGUUCUGUGGAACUCCUGAGUAUCUGGCACCUGAGGUGCUGGAGGAUAAUGAUUACGGGCGAGCGGUGGACUGGUGGGGCCUCGGCGUGGUCAUGUACGAAAUGAUGUGUGGACGCCUUCCCUUUUAUAAUCAGGACCACGAGAAGCUGUUUGAACUAAUUCUUAUGGAAGAAAUCAAAUUUCCCAGAACCCUCUCUGCUGAUGCCAAGUCUCUGCUCUCUGGCCUGCUCAUCAAAGACCCUAACAAAAGGCUGGGAGGAGGUCCAGACGAUGCCAAGGAGAUCAUGAGACACAGUUUUUUCUCAACGCUGGACUGGCAGGAUGUUUAUGACAAAAAGCUCAUUCCUCCGUUCAUGCCCCAGGUCACGUCGGAAACAGACACCAGGUAUUUUGAUGAGGAGUUCACAGCUCAGACCAUCACCAUCACCCCUCCGGAGAAGUUCGACGAGGAUGGAAUGGACUCGGCCGACAGCGAAAGGAGACCUCAUUUCCCACAAUUCUCGUAUUCAGCCAGCGGACGGGAGUGAAGCUCGCUGUAAACCCUGCGCCAGUGUUCUUUCAUCCUGAGGCCAUUCAAGGAAAUUACGUAGCCAUGCUAGGAAAAGUCUGCACUCUUUCCCUCUUCUCCUCGUCCUCCUCCUUUUCCUCCUCCUCCUCUUCUUCCUCCCUUUUGUUUUUUUCUUUCAUUAUUUAAUGAUUUGGGGAGGUUUUCCUUUCGUUCCAUUCCUUGUUUGUUUGUUUGUUUGUUUUGUUUUUUUAUUUUCAAUGUUGGGAAAGGGGGUUUUGCACAGAUGGGUUUGACCCCAACCUCGUCAACCCAUGAAGGAAAAAAAAAAAAAGAAAAAAGAAAGUAAGUCUUGUACAUUUUCAACAUUGUUGUUGUUUACAGCAGAUCAAGGUUUUUUGUUUUUGUUUUCGUUUUUGUUUGUUAGGUUAAUUUUUUCAGUGCAUUAAAUUAUUUCCACCAGUAUUACCACUGACUUUGAGCUUCUAGAGUUUUUUGUUGUUUUUUUUUAAUAUGGUGUAUGUGUGUAUGGAAGAGCCGUUCUGGGGAACAAAACCAAAACUGUUGCCUUAUGUGUGUGAAAGUCUGGAUGGAUGGAUAGAAGGAUGGAUGAAUUGACGAACGGAAGAAUGGAUGGUGUAUAAUUUGGAUGGACAGAUAAUGGAUGGACAGAGAGACAGGGUUCUUGGCUUGCGAAAAACUUCUCAUGUUUUCCGUUUCUGCAUCACACUGUACACCGUAUUCCGCCUCUCACACAGUUUGUGACACCGCGGGGAAACGAGUACGAAAGAAAGACACUGCGGGUUUUUUUGUUUUUUUUUUUCUCCAGGUUUUGUUUUAUUAAAAUAAAGAGAGAGAAUUCAUUUACAAUACGCAAAACUGCCAGUUAACCGUGAACCUCACUCAGGCGACGCCGAGCACAAACCACCCAAACCAGAGAGAGAGAGAGAGAGAGACACACAAACAAACAGACAUGGAGACAAGAAGACUAACAGAGAGACAAACAGACAGAGAGAGACUGAGGGAGGCUGAGAAAGACAGACAGAGAAACUAAUAGAGAGAUAAAGACUGAUGGAGACAGACAGAAAGACCAAUAGAGACAAACCAAGCGAGACAGACAGGGAGACGGCAAUAGACAGACAGGGAGAGACAUAAAUACGGAGAAAGACAGACAGGGAGAUGGCAAGCGAGACCAAUAGAGACAGAAAGACAGACGGACGAGUGUGAUAGACAGAUGGAGAGAUACUGAUAGACAGACCGAGAGAGACAGUCAGAGAGAGUGAUAGACAGAUGGAGAGAGACAGACUGAGAUGGACAGAUGGAGAGAGACUGCCAGAUGUGAAAAGGUUUGGUGUGGUUUGGCUGUGAAACAGAACUCAGUUACAGUAUAGACAGAAAGUCAGAGCGCUGAUCUGGGAGCAGUUUUUUUUCCUCGUCUGGAGGAUUCCACACACAUACAGUUUAUGCAAAAGUUUGCUCCAAAAUAAAUUGAAAACUGUGUAAAUCAAGAGUCAGAAAGACACUAAGUAUGUACUGUAAGGGCAAAGUCCACAGGGCAGUUAAGGCAGUGGAGAUGUCUAAAGAGCAGUUAGGGCAGUGGAGGAGUCUAAAGGGUAGUUCGGGCAGGGAAGGAGUCAAAGGGCAGUGGAGGAGUCUAAAGGGUAGUUAGGGCAGUGGAGGAUUUAAAGGGCAGUGGAGGAGUCUAAAGGGCAGUUAGGGCAGUGGAGGAGUCAAAGGAUAGUGGAGAAGUCAAAUGGCAGUGGAGGAUUCUAAAGGGUAGUUAGGGCAGUGGAGGAGUCUAAAGGGCAGUGGAGGAUUUUAAAGGGAAGUUAGGGCAGUGGAGGAGUCUAAAGGGCAGUGGAGGAUUCUAAAGGGUAGUUAGGGCAGUGGAGGAGUCUAAAGGGCAGUGGAGGGUUCUAAAGGGUAGUUAGGGCAGUGGAGGAGUCUAAAGGGUAGUUAGGGCAGUGGAGGAGUCAAAGGGCAGUGGAGGAUUCUAAAGGGUAGUUAGGGCAGUGGAGAAGUCUAAAGGGCAGUUAGGGCAGUGGAGGAGUCUAAAGGGUAGUUAGGGCAGUGGAGAAGUCUAAAGGGCAGUUAGGGCAGUGGAGGAGUCUAAAGGGUAGUUAGGGCAGUGGAGGAGUCUAAAGGGUAGUUAGGGCAGUGAAGGGGUCUAAAGGGCAGUGGAGGAGUCUAAAGGGCAGUUAGGGCAGUGGUGGGGUCUAAAUCAGGCUCUGGGUAACAGAAGUUCAGGGCCACUCUUUGUUUCUCUGUUUUUCAAGGUGUACAAACUUUUGCAUUCGACUGUACUGGACUAUAUCUCUGAUAUCAGGGGUAAAAAAAAAAAAAAAAAAAAAAAAACUGAUCCCAAGAUUGAACCUGCUCUGUUUAUCAGAAGUUUUAUAAUCAUUUACGAUAGUAUUUAAUAUGUAAAAACCAGAAGGGAUACAAACAAGAAUACAAACGGAAAUAAAUACAUAAAUAUUAUUUAUAAAUAUUUACAUGAAUGAAAAUAAUAUAUAAUGAGUUAUAAAGAAGACGAUAUGAAACCCGGGUCAUGGUUAUCAAACCGUACUGGAGAUCAGAUGUCUGAUACUCUGCGGAAACGUGUUGCCGUGCCGUAUCGCGAUAUCAAAAUGGUCUGGUGCGCGUACACACUCGGGAGCUGUAUGUACAGAAACCUCACUACACGUCGUAUUCUGUGGAAAAACCUUACACACACACACACACACACACACACACACAAAUCCCACUACAACCACCAAAAGAUUCUCUUUCCACAAAUCUUACUUUCAUUUGUUCUGUAUUUGUUUUCGUAGCUGCUGAAAGUGACCUAUGAUGCCCUCCAGAAGUAUUGGCACCUUUCAAGUGUGAUUUUUUUUUGGAACACAGGCCAGUGGGGACGAGGAAGGGAUUUUAUACGUGUCCAACCGUGAAUUUGUUCCCCGGGGACAGAGGGCGUGGCUAGGGUGGUGUUUUCUUGGUGACCAACUAGUGUUGCUGUGAUUGACAGAAAAUAUAGAAUCAAGGAAAAAGAGAAAGUAAGAUGGCUCAGUUUCCUCUGUACACACACAGUUGGUGCAUAGGUUUGUGGGUCACUUGUUUAUUCGUUUUAGCUCCAAAAUGAAUGCAAAAAUAAAAGUGGUACAGUCUAAAGAGCAGUUAGGACAGUGGUAGAAUCUAAAGGGUGGCAUUUAAAGGGCAGUAUUGUCAGUGGUGAUGUCUAAAGGGCAGUUAGAACAAGGAUAGUGGCACCAUCUAAAGGGUGGGUUAUAAUGGCCAGUAGUGGCAUCUAAAGGGUGGCAUAUAAAGGGUAGUUAGGACAAUUGUAGUGUCUAAAGGGUGGCAUAUAAAGGGCAGUUAGGGUCGUGGUGGCAUCUAAAAUGUGGUUAGAGCAGUUAAGGCAUCUAAAGAGUGGCAUGUAAGGGGCAGUUAGAGCAUUAGUGGCAUCUAAAGGGUGGGAUAUAACGGGCAGUUAGAGCCCCUCCUAACCUGAGUGCACAGUCAGUUUAGCCUUUUUGGUUCCAUAGAUUAGAUCAAUGGAUAGAUUUGACCAUUUUAUGAAAGGUGCCAAUAUUUUUGAAUGAUCUGGUCACCAUGCAUCAAUCAAAAUGCAGAUAUAACCUCUCACACACACACACACACACACACACACACACACACACACACCAAUCUAAUUAAAUAGGACACUUCUCAAUACAGAUGCUCCCUAAGCCCAAAUGUAAUGGCACCCUGGUGUAUCGGCGAACUACCUUCCACGUAAACUAAAGACUUUUGUCUUUUAUGAAAAUAUUACACACACACACACACACACACACAUAUAUACCGUACCUGACCUCGUCCAGCUCGUCCAAUCCAAACAGUCGUGUAUUCGAAACGAAGCAUUUUUCCCCCACAGUAGACCCGUAGUGUUGUUAGAAGACAAUACUCGGUAAAUAAAUAAAACACAGGGAAAGAAAAUCGCUGCUGUAGAUUGUGCUAAUUAAGCCCCGCCUCUUUUAUAUCUGCCCCAGUGAAACAUGGAUACUGAAAAUGUUUUUUUUUUUUCUUGAUUCUGAUUUUGCUAAUAACGAAGCUACGUCAGGUUUUGUAAACGUUAUGUUUUUGCGAGAUGUUUCUCCCCUCCUGCGUGUAUUAUUGCACCGCGGUUCAACAGAGGUGUGUGUCGAUUUUACAGAAGAAGCAAAAAGACAUGUUAUGGAUUACGUUUGUUUGUUUUUUUCCUCUUUGAUUCCACUUUAUUGAUAAAGUUGGUUUGUUUGUUUUUUGUUUGUUUGAAGGCCAAAGCGAUGCUGCAGGUUGACAGUCGAGUUUCCUGCUUUAUUGCUGUUUGGUGAUAUUUAUUUUAAGUUAUAAUAAAACGACUGAAAAAUGAA